AAUGCUGAUAGACAAGGACUCGGGAUCAAGCGGCUCAUGCGAAGGAUAGGUCCAGGUAGAUUCACGGAAAAGAACGUCUUGUUUCAAAUGACUAGGGAACGCAACAAAAAGACUCCUCUUAAUUUCCUAGUAUCCCAUGUUAUAAUCAAUUAUCUUCUCUCUUUCUAGGUGCCUACCACAUACCUGAAGGUGAGUGAUAAAUGCUUUUGCUUUCUUCCAAAGGAGAAAAAGCAACCAUAGACUUUUUAACUGCAAGGUAAUUCAAUUGGCCGAAUAAGGUUACAUAUAUCGACUGGGGUUCGGGUGAGUCUAUGAUAAAAAAUUUUAUAAUCAUGACCAUUAUUUCUGUUUUAACAGAACUCAGUUUGGAGGAAGGCGACGCCAAAAAAUACACUGAAAUCUUACGAGAGCGAUUACAUGAGCUGAACUACAAAGAGUAUGGCUUCAUACUUUUUGCAAACAAACUUCCUGCCCAGUACAGAGAUACAGCACAUUUGUCGUUCCUACAAAACAUACCUUGGGUGGCAGUGUUUGACCUGUUUGAUCCAUCCUCCAAACAAGAUGGCUUACAUCACACAUGUAACGAGACUAGCGACGCGCCACGAGCAAAAAUACGAACCCUAGACGAGUUUAAAGAGAUAACAGCUGAAAAGGAUUCCUUAAUCUCAACUCGAGGGACGACAUGGAUUUUCAAUAAUGAAGAGAUGCAAAAGGGGGACUGGAUCAAACGUUCCAAGGACUGUUUGUAUCGCGCUCUUUCAGCCUACAAACAAUGUUUUCUCCCAGGACGGCUUGUUUGUGUAUUCCUGUGUUUUAGCGAGACCGCUGUCAAUGAAAUGGCGGACAUCAUGGAAAGCAGUUUCAGUAUUCUGGGAGACUCGGCAAACAGCUGUGUUACUAUCAUCAGUGAAUCUAGAGAUAUUGCAGACGCAUUUAUCAAGGCUUCAAAAUAUUCACUCCAGAGAGAACUAGAAGAAUGCUCUGUAGCUGGAAUUUCCUGGACUCUUCUGAAAGAAAUUGCUCGCGAAUUAGUAGGACCAUCUAAAUUUGAAGAGAAAGAUGCCACAACAGAGCUGCCAUACUUCUCUGGUUUAAAAGCGGUUCUGAACAAAGCCAUUCACUCUUUGGAUGAUUUAGAAGUAUAUUUUCCUAAUCCCCGAUUGCCCAGAUUGACAGAUGCCAUUGAGAAGGCAAGAGAUGCAUUCUAUAAAGGUGCCCAAGCGAGCCAGGUAAACCUCUUCUAUGAUCACAGUAUCCCACGAACUCUGGAAAAAGACGUUAAUGCUAAGGUUGGAAGCGCACCUAAGUCCCUGUCCAAAGAAAAUGUUGACGCCAGCUUCUAUGUGAAGACUAUAACUGUAUCUUACGAGCCGGGGUCUGGCGCCACGACUCUGUGUCGCCGAAUCUUGUGGAGUAAACGAACGGAAUACCGAUGUGCUGUGGUUAAAGCCAUAACAUGUUCAACAGAUUACCAGAUUGAGAAACUACAAAGCAUUGGCUACGAGGAAAGGAAUAUGACGUUUUCACUUCCAGUCCUUGUGCUGGUUGACAAUUUUCCGGAGAUUAAGUUUCGUUUUUUAAGAGACCACAUAAUGAAGAGGCAGACAAAAUGCGUUGUUCUUGCUACUUUGCCAAUUUCAACGUCCAUAGCCAAUUUAGAGAUCACUUUAAGAAAGCUGGAUGAGGAGGAGACAGCUCGCGUGAAGAAUAUUUUGAUCAACAUCACAAGUGUCGACAGUGAGAAACGAAGAGAAGCUGAACAGGUCUUGGAAAGAGAGAAGAGGUUCAUUUGGUUUGGACUGGAACUAUUUGGACGGGACUACCUAAAGAUCAAGGAACGGCUUCAGAAUCACAUCCGCAACAUUUUGAUGGCUUUUCUUGGUGAAGCACGAGAGGAACACCAAAUGCUACUUGAAAUGUGUUGCUUUCUCAACAAAUACAGCGAUGGCAGUGUGAUCCUUCCGCAUUCAGUAGUCCUGGACUUCCUUUACUUAAGACUUUCUUGGGAUAAACAGCAAUUUCCAGCCAUUCAAGACAUCCAUGAAGCUUUUGGAGGUCUUCUCCUUGAAUUACAAGACGAAACUCAUGGGUACUAUGGCUGGCGACCAGCGCAUUCCUUAGUAAGUGAAGUGGUGACGUCAAGAAUAAAUGUGCAGAACACUGCCAUACUCGUACUGGAAAAGGUUGUCAAAGGAAAAGCAUACGCGAUGAAGUUUUUAAGACAACAAGUGUUCAGGAUGUUUUUAGAUCGCAAAAGAAUAUCUGAUCCAGUUUUACUCAAGGAACAGGCGGCUGAUGAUCGUUUAGUUGGCAAUGAUUUAGAAAACGAGGUAUUUGGAUUUUUAGGAAAACGCACGAGAUAUUCGCCCCUUAUCGAAGACCUUAAGGAGGACGAAAGUAAUAUUCGAGGAGCUGGUGCCCUGGAGGUUCUUCUCACAGUCUGCGAACAGGCAACUCAAAUAGAAGAAAAGUCUAAGGCGUGGCAGCAGUUAGCAAGAUUUAUGGGAUAUGAGAUGCGUACAAACAGUUUAGAUGAAGAAGUUGAUCUACGUAAUAUAGUGGAACAACUGUACAACGCUGUGAAGAAAGAAAGUCAUGAAAAACCACCCCUGCUCCUCACCGGAAUCGAUGCGGCCCACAUGGCCGUUGAUAUUGCAAUCUCCCUCCAACGCACUUACACUAACCACUACACUACCAAAGGUGUUUUGUACUUUCUCCAGCUUACAGAUUAUAAGCGUACACCUCUUCGAUCGUUAGCGGAGGCAGUCCAAACUUGCCGCAAAGCACUGGAGAUUUAUGAAAAGGCUCUGGCGACCUCAAAGGUACCAAAUCUUUUCUCAAUGAUUGGAAAAAUUGAAGCCAUAAUUUUACUACUUGAGAUCGUUAAGUCUUGUUUUCAUUCUGAUGCAAAAAGAUUUUUGAGGUACUUGAAAGAAACGGAGGCUCCCUCAGAAUUGAUGGGGCUUUCUUUAGAGGACCAAGGUUUCGUUCAGUGUCUCCCUUCGACCAUACUUGAUAUCCUGAACGAACUGUUUGGAAACGUGAAGAUCAGGCAGACGACUACGUAUGAUGAAAAUGAAAUACGAAGUCUUAAUAACGCAAAGAUAAGAGCUUCCAAUCUUCGGAGACAGUUCUAUGAAAUCACCGGAAUGGACAAAAGAGAGUUAAGCAGUGAAGAAUGUUCAGUGCAAUUGCUGUCUUCUUCCUCUUUAACUGGCCAAGACCACGUUCUAUAUCAGCAGCAAGUUCAAGACUUUCUUUACUUCAAAGACGAGACCCCUUACAGCACAUGGUCAAACAUUACUAAAAGCGAUGCUAAUUUGAUCUAUCAGUUGUUAAAAUCCCUUUGUCUUAAUGGUUAUGGUAGCCAUAAUGACAUGCUAAUUUGUUCCAAGGCUUGUCUUCAGCUUAAAGACAAACCUUCCGUUAAUGAGCUCGACAAGAUUGUAACUAAAUUUGUGAAAAAAUUUCCUAAUUCCGAGUGGGCACAUCUUUUCUACUACAUGAUACAUUUUCCUAUUCCAAAUGGAGGCCUUGCUCACUACACUUCGCAAACCAAAGAGUCAAUCAAACGAUGUGCAAACAUUGUUCAGGAAAAGGCAGGUUCAGGAUUUCGAAAAUCAGGUGCUGAGUACUUCCUUGGUAAAGGAAUUGGUCUGAAUGCUAUUGUUAAUAGCCAUGAAUUUCAGUGGCUUGAAACAAAGUGGAAAUCGAAGACACAUUUUUGGCGAGGCAAGGAACCCUCUGAGCGUUUAGAACGUGUGCAAGGUCAAAAGGAGCCAGGCAGGAAGGGCAUUAUUUCUUACCAGGGACUCCAGAAACACUUUGACAACACACGUUAUCCCAAUGAAAGCAAAGACGACUUAUGGUUUUAUCUCGGAUUUACUGUCGCUGGACCCUACGCCUAUGAUCCAGUGGAUAAAGAAACAUACGCUUCGCUUAAGAAAAAUGCUUCACCUCUUACGAUGCCUUAUGCAUCUUCCGAAGACUUCACCAACAGCGGCAAAUUUAGCGGUCCCCCUUGUUAUCAUGGCGCGCGAAAGAGUGGUCGUUCAACACCUUGGCAGCAGCUUGGUGCCGCAGCCUUUGAGCCGGAACACUACAAAGAAGAAGAUACGAGCUGCGAUUCUGAAGUUUUCAGAGAAAGGAAAGCGCAAAAUCGUACUGGAGAUGACGGUUUCGACGAUGCAGACGAGCGGUUUACCAUAGGUGGUCGUUUCAAUGCAUUGUGUGGAAUUGAAAGCGACGAAAGCCCUCAGAAGCAAUUCGAAUCCGUUUGGAAAGUUCGUAAGCAGGCGCCGUCACAAGACCAAUGGAAAACAGUUGAUAGGAGGACAUCCAAGGCAAAAGAAAACCCAGCAGAUGCGAUAGGAGAGAAAAGCAAGCGCGUAGUAGGGACCCGUGGAAACGAGAAGAGAUGGUUUGAACCAAAACAGGUGACUCAAGAAGGAAAGCUACAUCACGGAGCGUUUGUUUUGGGCACUAAAAAAGGAAAAGAAUGCACUGUUCACAAGCCUGGAUGUGAUGCUAAUUUAACCGAUAAAUGCAAUUUUGCACAUGGUUGGAGGGGUGAUACUCUACAGUUCGUGUGCACAAAGUGCACGGAAGAAAAUAAGUUUGUGUGCAGAGAGAAAGUCAACCAUGAACGCUAUGCCUGGAAUCUGGGACCUUACCUGGACAGUCGUGGAGACAUAUGGAAGGACAAAAAGGCAUAA